UUACUCUUUUAAGUUCUUCACUGGCUCGUGUCGAGAAGGUGAGACUGAUCAGCGUCUCUUUCAUACGGCUAUGAAAUGCCGGUGUGGGAAUUAUGCGGAUGAUUAAUAAUCCUUUCGUUCUUAAUGUCACGAAAGCGUUAGAACUGCUCAUGGAAAAGUUGAGGUUCUGCUGUUUGUUGCAUGAAGCUAUAAUUCUAUGAAGCUAUAUCCAUAAAUAGAAUGACGAAGUUGAUAAAAGGAAAUCAUCUGACCUGAGAUAUACAAAAACAUGUCUGCAAUUUUAGCAUAUGCCGUUAAUCUGCUAAUUCUCCUCCGCGUUAUCAGUUCUGAAGAUCCUUUUUGCGGGAACAAAUGCUACAGCCAAGGUGUGGUGACAUCACUAUCCUGUCAUUGCGAUAGGGCUUGUUCACUGGCCUACAAUGACUGUUGUGCCGAUUCCAAAUACUUUGAAAUGAAGAAGAAUGGUACCAAAAGUGUGAGGGGGUUGAUAUGUAAAAGGAAAGCAUUGGUCGUAAACACUUGUCUAAAGGAGUGGAAUGGACCCGAAUUUAUAAUUAAUUCUUGUAAAAUUGACUCCGAUUAUGAAGUAGACCCUGUGGGAAGUGCACCAGUCACGAGUGAGGUCACAGGCAUCACUUACAACAACUAUUACUGCGCCAUUUGUAAUGGCGAUGCUGAAAAGGUGAUUAUGUGGAACAUCAAGAUGUCUUGUCCCUUGCUUAACCCAAAUCUACCAGUGGACAAGGACGAAGCUUUCAAAUAUAUUUUUUACAACCACCCAACAAAAGAGUGGGGAUACGUUCUGAGGGAUGAAACGACCAAAAAGACUUCCUUUCACGGUUGCGCUGUGACAUCGGAAAUUCCGGAACAGCAUGAAUCAAAAGUAAGGCGCUGUGAAUCGGAUGCUACAAGUACAUGUUCAGCAAAAUGGAAGAGUGAUGUAAUACGUGACAUGUGUGGAGGAUAUACAGAUCCUGUAUUUAGUAACGGAACAAAAUACAAGAACUUCUACUGUGCCAUGUGCAAUCGAGUUGAUCAGUCCAGUCUUAGCUGUGGUGAAGCAAUUGGGCCACGAAAUAACGGCAAUUCAGAAUCUGACGACAAUAAUAAAAUGAGCUUUUCCCUGCUUCUGGAUAUUAAUUUUACAGAUGGCAAUAAUGUUGGUAAGAAACUGGCUCUUCUGAACUGUCGUAAAGGAGAAAUAUUUGAUCCGUUUGCCAGACGCUGCAGAAAUAUUGUUUGUGGUAUCCCAGGUUAUGUAUUGCAAAAUGGGAUGUGUAUCGCAGAAUCGGAGCCUCCGAUUUGAGAUGAUGAUAAAAUAACUUAAAAAACUGAUGUAAUUUAUUUCUAGCAUAAAUAGCAUAUAACUAAGUUACAUUCAUUAUAACCUUUCACACCAAGUAAAAUUAUAACCCUUAUCCUACAUUAGAGAAACUUCUUGCAAUAACUAUCUUGCCUAAAUAAUAAAAUAAAAAAAAUAUAAAUAAAAUAAAUAAAAUUAAAAAAUUAAUUAAAAUUAAAUAAAAUAUAGCAAAUAAAAUAAAUAACAAAAUUCCAGCACAGUAUUUAAAUGUAAUAACAUACUCUCUUGAUUCCCUUAUAAAAAUUAUUUUCUAUUUAAUUUAUAGUUUCAAUCCUUUUGUUCCUCUAAGCGGUUAAAAUACUGAAUUCCAAAAUUUUAAACUUUUCCGAAGAUUCUAGUAUAAUUUCCGGAAUUCAGUAUUUUCGAAGCUAGAAAGAAGAAAGAUUGACAGCAUGUGUUUAUUUAAAUCAUAAGUAUUAGACUCUUAAUCACCAAUAUUAAAAUGAAAUAAAACUAAAUUUUUAAUACCUUAAAAUACUGAAUAGGAACUAAAAACAAAGAAGUUAAUUGCUAUUAAAUAAAGCUAAACAAAUUAAUUGCUAUUAAAAUCUUCUGAAUUUAGUAAAGUUUUGCAUAUUUCUGCAAAUGAAACUCUCUAAACAACUUUAUUCUCUGUGUAAUAUAAUUCCUUUGGUUUUUUUUUUUUUUUUUUUUUUUUGCUUGGAUGUGUACAUUUUAAUAAAUAAAAUUAUCUACAUAUCGCUUUUGCUGUUUGGCAUCUUGUGUAUGAAACACGUAUAUAACACAAAAUAGCUUUUAAUUUUCUAUUAUGAGAUCACAUAAUUCAGAAGCGCAUCAGCUAAUUGUUAUAUACUUAAUAUUUACCAUAACAUUUUAAAUUUAAUUUUGAUGUUCUCUAGCUUACAGGUAUUUAUCAAAAUAUCAGUAUAUUUCCGCGAAGAAGAAAAAAAUUAAGAUUAUAUAUUUCAAGGAUAACUGGUGUCCAGCUUGUGUACUUAUUAAUUAUAUAGUACGUAUGGAAUUUUAUAAGUUUUUCUGAAGUCAGUGUAAAAAUAGUAUAGAAAUGGUGUGAAUAAACAGUGUGAGUGUUA